UCUAGGCAAACAGGCCAGCAGUAUAAAGCCGAGAACCCGGGCAGAGGCUCAUCUGUCACUCGUGGUCUCCCCGUGAAGCUGCCAUGGAGCACAAGGUGGCCUGUGUCCUCGCCAUGGUCCUCAUGCUGGCCCUCAGCAGCCUCGCCCAGGACCAGGCAGAAACAUGUACCGUGACUCCCGGAGACAGGAAAAAUUGUGGCUUCUCUGGUAUCACCCCCCAUCAGUGCAAGGAAAGAGGUUGCUGUUUCGAUGACACUAUCCGGGGGGUUCCAUGGUGCUUCAAACCACACGCCAUUGAAAGCCCCCUAGAAGAGGAUUGUCCCUUCUAGAGUCCGUCCGAGAGAGCUGGUUGCAUCCAGACUUGGCACCGUCACCUGCAUCUGGGCACCAGAGCCACCCGGCCCACCCACUGUUCUGUGGCUGGAUCUGGCCUGGCGACACAGUUCAACCUCUCUGACUUUCAGAACUCAAAUUCGGCCUGAGAAAUAAAAGAUGUGAAUACUA